AUUGCAGGGAUUGGAGGGACCGGAGGGAUUGCAGGGAUUGGAGGCUCGGGGAGCGCAGGCGGCUGCUCGGAGCUCGCUUGUCCCCCCUGAGCGCAGCAAGAGGAGCGGGAGAGGAAAGCAAACAGGAGCAGCACAAGUCACCAGCAAACACACCCCGCUUUUGAGAACUCUCCCUCAGCAUAAAUCAGGAGCCCUCGGCAGACUCUGGCUGCUCCUCACCCGGCGCAUCCCAGCCCAGAGCAGCAGAGAGGAGCAAAGGGUCUCCUAGGGGGACCCAAGCUGAAGGAAAACCCCAAAGUGCAGCAAGAGGCUGUAGGAAGCUCAGCCAGCUUUCCCCCCGAGGACACCUGUCCAAGCUGCAGAUCCAGCAGCCCCGAAGGUCCCCAGGCUGGCCCCCUGCCCCCGGGGCACAGAGGAGUCGCUGCGGGUCAGGCCAGCAAGGGCAGAGCGGGGGAUGCUCAGAUGGACACGGGAAGGAAGGGAAGGGGAACGGACGGAUCAAGUCCAGGCUCCCCAUUGUACUUAGCGGGCACACUUGAACUCAGAUGGUUCGGGGAAUUCCUGUCUGCACAGAAAAUAUCGAAGGUCUUGUUUCUGGUGAGGGAAGGGAAGGGUACAUGGCUGGGAAAAACAGGCAGGGAGGGGUUGGUUCCUCCUUUAAAGGAGAACAGGGGCUUGGCUGAAGAAAGAGGAUGAGAAAGAACUUAAACCCUCACCCCCUUCUGAAAACAAUUGUGCUCUUGCGAGGAAAAAUCCUAAAUGCAUUGUUUUCAUACAGAUCUUUCCUCAAAUACAAGUCCAGCACAUCCUGAGGGGGUUGACCCUACAGCAGGGACAUGACCUGCCCUAAACCUUACCCAUUCCUGAUGGAGCCUUCCUUUACAGACAGGAAUGAUGGAGAGUGGGAAUGGGAAUUCUUGGAUAAGAUGUUUUUAAAGUUCUUACUUGCAAGACACCAGGCUCUCUGACUGUAAGAGACCCUGUGCCCCUUUGCCAUCUGCUUAAUCCAACAAAAAACAUUAAAGCUGCCUGGAAAAAAAAAAAAAAAAGGAGCUUGUUUAAGUCAGAUAAGUAUUUCUAUAAAGGAAAAACUUUGUAUUUUCAAUUAUUUGUUGCUAAAAUAUGAAGCAACUCAUCAAAUUACUGUGUGAGUUCACCAGAUGUUUGAAGAGAUUGAAAAUACAGCUUCCAAAUUAAAGAUGAAAAAAAAAAAAAGUGACCUAAAAUAAACCUUUCAGUAACAGGGUUUACUUUUAUUCCCAGUACAAGGAGAGUGACUCCUCACACCCUCUAGGAUUUUUAAAUCUGUGCAUUUUUGUGAUGGUUUUCAUACAGUUCCAAAGCAUCAAAAGCUCACUUGAGCUGAAUUCAAGCAAAUCCCCAAAGAGUUUUCAUAGUGAUCAACCUCACUCCUGAAAGGAUUCCCAGCUCUUACUCACAUACAUUGUUUUUUACUUUUGUGAGUAGUGAUUUCCCAAGCCACUUGGAAAGAAGCAGAUCUUAAUGUUUGAAUGACAGGCAUCCAUGGAGUCAUUUCUACACUCAAUAUCCAUGGAAUAAUUUCUGUCCUCAACAUCCAUGGAGCAGUUUCUGUCCUCGUUCUCAGGAGAUGCUCGAGGGCUCUGAGAGCUGUGAGCAGCUGCCACAGAGGAACUGUCCUGGCAGAGCCUGAAGGAAUCCAGGAUCACAGCACUCUCCAGGGUGCUCCUGUCUCCUCUGCCUAUGGAUGCUGAUGGCACCAAGGACACAGCUCCUCUCCCAACACCCACCUUUCUGGAAAUAAAAAUCCCCAAGCAACCCAACACGUUUUCACCCAGGAGUGCAAACCAUGACUGAACGUCCAAGGCCUGGACGCCCACUCCGAUUCUCACUCCCCGUGCCCGUGAAAAAGAUGUCCAACAACACCACAGAGGCCUCCAGCAAUGCUCCCCCAGCCCUCCUAGGCCUGUUCCUGGGAAGCAUUUCCCUGAUCACCAUUGUCAUGAACAUCCUAGUGCUGUGUGCCGUGAGAACGGAGAAGAAGCUGCAGACCGUGGGUAACUUGUACAUCGUGAGCCUCUCCAUCGCCGACCUGAUCGUGGGGGCGGCCGUGAUGCCCCUGAACAUCGUGGACCUGCUGAGCCCCGAGUGGCCCCUGGGGCUGGCAGCCUGCUUGUUCUGGCUCUCCAUGGAUUACGUGGCCAGCACGGCCUCGAUUUUCAACCUCUUCAUCCUGUGCAUGGACCGCUACCGCUCGGUGCAGCAGCCGCUCAAGUACCUCAAGUACCGCACCAAGAUGCGAGCCUCGCUGCUCAUCCUGGGCGUCUGGCUGCUCUCCUUCACCUGGGUCAUCCCCAUCCUGGGCUGGCACGUUUUUGCCAACAACGGGCAGAGGACGGUGGAGGAAAACAAGUGUGAGACGGAGUUCUUCGAAGUCACCUGGUUCAAAGUGCUGGCGGCCAUUUUCAACUUCUACCUGCCCUCCCUGCUGAUGUUGUGGUUCUACUGCAAAAUCUUCAGGGCUGUUCGAAAACACUGCCAGCACCGAGAGCUCAACAAUGGCUCUUACUGGUCUUCCAUGGAAAAAAACACCACGCAUCAGACCAAGACUAAGGAUGAGAAAAAUAUUUGCCUCCAGAAGCAAGCCUUAGGUGAGAACAAUCCUGGUGCAGACAAGCAAAGCUCCCCAGAGCCCCAAAAAGUGGAGGCAGAGCUUCAUGUCAGCCAUCCUGACAAGGCUUCAAAGGCCCUGAGUCACGGGAAGGUCCUGAAGUGGAGCUGUUUCUCUCUCACCACAGCAAGGCCUGAGACUGGUUUGGAUAAAGCAGGGAAUAGGGAGGUGUGUGCCACAAAAAAACCUGGGGCUAAGGAGCAGCCUGGCAGCCAGGACAGUGACUCCAGUGUGGCAUCAGACAACCACACCUUCACUGAGGUGGCCCCACGAGCAGAACCUGGCCCCAAAGGAGCCUGCUGUCCUCAGGGAAGGACUGAGCACAGGGACUCCAGGGGAAUGACAUUCCUGAGGAAAACCUGGCACACCCUGCACAGGCAUUCCAGGAGCAUCCACCGGCAUGGGAAUAGGGAGAGGAAGGCAGCCAAGCAGCUGGGGGUGAUCAUGGCAGCCUUCAUGCUCUGCUGGAUCCCCUACUUCGUGCUGUUCAUGGUGAUAACGUUCCACGACCACAAACAGCUCUCAGAACUGCACAGGGUCACCAUAUGGCUGGGCUACAUCAACUCCACCUUAAACCCAUUCCUCUAUCCUCUCUGCAACCAGAAUUUCAAGAAGACUUUUAAAAAGAUCCUUCACAUUCAUUGAUGCUGGUCUGGGGUUUUGGAGCUCGAACGCAGCUCAGGAGUUCGACCGAGCAAAAUGUUCCUGUUCCAAAGGAUGGGUAUAGUGAAAGACUUUGGCAAGCUGUAAUCUGUAAAGAAGUGGUAGUACAAGUAGAAAAUGUGCAUUUAAUAGUUUUAACACAUUUGAGGAGCAACUUCAGGUCAAGAAUCUGAAAAACUCAAGGUCAGUACAUGAACUGUUACACUGUUGUCAACCUUUCACCAUUUGAGACCACUGCUUCCAUCACAGAAAUGGAGACACAAAUAAACCUCUUCAGUGAUUAUAAAUUAUUCAGCUACAGAAAAGGAAGAAAUCACAUUUCUGUCAUUGGCCAAAAAUAUUUUUCUUUUCCAACUUACUCCAUUAAACACAUCGCUUGUGAAGUGAGAUUUGCAAGUGGAGGUACUUUGCACAGUCAAAGAAAGAACUUGCAACUGUUUAAAAAAACUCCCCUAUUUAUUUAUAGCUUCCUCCAAAGCACAAACUUUUCAUCAAAUGUCAAGUUUUAGUGUGUAUCCUACUGUAUCUCUUUGAUAUCAUGCUUAUAUUAACUGUGCAUUAACUUUGCUGAAAAAAAAAGUAGAUUUUUUAUGUCCCAAAAGAGUUUCCAUGCUCAAUAUACUGUCACCAUCUGCUCCACAAGGGUAUGCUGCUGUUUCUAGACUGGCAGAAUACAGCUGAUUAUACAUUAAAUAUGUUUACCUUUUCUACCCUUUAUAUUUAAUUGUAUUUCAUAAAUCUUGCUGUCAAGUAUUUCAGGAGAAAAACACAAUAAUUGAAUACUCAGUGUUGGAAAAGAGACCAAGGAGGUGUUGAAGUACAACUGAAAGCUGGGCUGGAUUUGAUGUUACAAAGGAAAAAGAAAUUCCUCUCAUUCCUUUUGUUGUGCUGCUGAAUUUCCCACAUUCUGAACAGCUUCUUAACUGUAUUUAAAGGAUUCAAUAUUAAAUGAAGCCCUGAUAUAUCUGCAUUUUAAUACAUUGGGGAAAUAUGCCAAAGGAAUAAACUUAAAUUCAGGCUAUAUCAGUGUAUCAGGUAAGGUUCACAGAUUAAUUUACUUUGGUUUCAAGUUGCACUCAGGAAAAACUGCAAUUAGGAAUCUUAAAUGUAGGAGAAAUAAGGCAAAAUGCAGAGGGAGAACAUCAAACCAACAAAAUUCAUUGCAGCAUUCAGACAACUUUUCCACUGCAGGAGGAACAUCUGCACAAGUAGUAAAAUGCACCUUUUUGGAGUAGACAACAGAACCUUUUGAAACACAUGCUCUAAACCCUGGCCUUCCACAAACAAUUGCUGAGGUUCACAGCCAUUAAUUUUUUUUUUUCUAUUCUGAUUUGCAACAGCAAUUCUGGCCAAAAUGGAUGGUAAUUUAGAUGAUCCCUGAGGAAAUAAAAGUCAGCCACAGUUAUUAGUGCUGAAAAACACAUUUACCCAAGGGCUGCUGAGAGUCAUCAAGAAAUCUGUCCUGUUGAUCAUGAAAAUUGCCUUUUCUGACCUUAAAAUGUAUUAAUACAGGACAAAACCUCAGCAAAAUCAUUGAAAAUUGGUCUAAAAAUGACGGUGAGUAUAACAACAAAAAGCUUUGGUAAAAAUAAACAUUCAAACAGCUAAACCCAGGAAAAUAAAGCUGCCUGAAUAUGUUUUUAAAUCUCAAGCCAUUUUACCCAUGGCCUUUGUGUAACUGUGUUAACAGCAAAGACAGGGGAUUUGUGAUAACCACAUUUUAUAGCUUUGGAAAUGGGACAGUACCUAUUUUAAAUAGCAAGUACCUGAGAAAAUUCCUGAGUUUAUUUUACUGAACAGGCAGUUCCAGUGGCUCUGGAUGUGAAGGGAGUAGAGGACAGCAAAUUAUGGUAAGAAAUGGAGAAGCCUCCUACCAACGAGGGGCAAGGCUCAAGAGAAUACUUCAGGUGUGGUUUCCUGUAAAAUGCUUUCAGUGUUUUCCAGUUGAUAGCCAAGGUCAGAGGACAUGGAGCUUCAGAGAACACAAAGAGAGUCUGGGGAUUUCUUGUGAAAAACAUGUUCACUCUCCCGUGAAAAUUUAAGAAGUUUAAUAAAGGACAAGAGGAGCCUAGAGCAAAGGUUAAUAUGGCCGGGUGCAUCUUGGUACCCAGCCAAGAGCACACCUGCUGUUUUGGAAACACCCUUUAGUUACCAUUUCUAUUGCAUCAGCCUGUUCCUGUUACAUAUUCACAAACAAUUAUGCAUAGUAAACUUUUCCCCAAACUAGUUUACAUGUUCCAAGAACUGUUUAGCAUGGCUGCUCCUCAGUUCCACCUUUUCAGAGCAUGCACGUUCCUUGGUUGCGGUUUUGGUCCAUUCUUCUCACCUCCAGUAUAGGAAUGUGUCCUCUGUUGACACAGUGACAAAACUAUCCUUUGUCUCCUCAAAAAGGAAAAGCCCAGAAGUUUCUUUCCUCAAUUAGUGAAAAAGACACCUCAUAGGACCUGGGAGACGUCACCUCAAACUUAAGGACAGCUAACUGGACAGGAGCCAA